CCCGUGCCCCGAGGCGGCUCCCGCUGGUGCCAAGCGCUGGGAUAAAACAAUUCCCGCUCUCUGGUUUCCUUGCAGGAUUUAAUAAAAUGAAAACGCAGAAGAUGAGCGCGGCUGUGCCGGCGGCACAAGGAGGAGCAACACGGCGCGGGAUCAUUCCCGGAGGAUGGUGAGCCUUGGUCCCGUUCCAGCCGGGAAGCGGGCGCGGCCUGGAUUUCCUCGUGGGAGGAGCCUUUCCAGGGCUGUCUCGAAGGAUGGAGAAGAAGAAAAUCCUGAUGAAGUCCAAGGUCGCCGCUCCCAACCUCCUGAGGGCACUGCAUUCCCUGUACCAGUUCGGGCACCUCUGUGACGUGACGGUUCUCACCCAGCACCUGGGAAUUCAGGAGGAGUUCCUGGCUCACAAAGCUGUCCUGGCAGCUUCCAGCAACUACUUCAAGGGGCUUUUCCUGCACGAGGAGAUGCUGGACGCCAAGACUUGCACGGUGACCCUGCAGGACAUCUACACGGAAGAGUUCACCUCCUUCCUGGAGUUCGUUUACACCGCGGAAGUGGAGAUCGAAGCGGAAAAACUCCAGCGGAUGAAGGAAAUAGCCGAGAGGCUGGAAUGCAAGGAUCUGCUUGACAUCUGCGAAGAAGUGAAAGCAGAGGGCAGGAAGGGCUUGGAUUUGAGCCUCCACCUGAAAGGACAGAGGGGCGAAAAUGGUGGAUCCCAGUGGCCUCACAUCCAGCACGAGGAGAACCCCGGCCUGAGGAGCUCUUCCCAGGUUGUGGCGAUUCCUGUGCAGAGGAAACUUUGGGACAGGCAAAAACAUAAGAAGUUGCUGGCAGGCCUUGAGCUCAUUGGAGGCCAAGCAGUGGGUCUGGAGCAAGAGGAUGCUGGUUUUCCAGACCCCAAACCCAGGACAGCAAAGCUGCCAAAAUGUAACAAUCUGGAUUCCACAAACGGACUCGGUGUGGAUAUCGUUAGUCUGGAAAACGAGGAUAGUCGCUCCCUCCUAAGUCAGACUGAGGCACAGGGAGCCUGCCUUGUGAUUAGGAACACUCUGCCUGAGCAGUGGGAAGACGGAAAGAGUCUAAUUUCCCAGUUUUCCACCAAAACAGAACGCAGGAAGUUGCCGCGGCACACGGCGAAAAUCCCAACGCCGGUGGCCUGCAGGAAGCGCGACGAAUCCUUCCGCGUCCUGGAGCAGUACCGGGAGCACGUGGAGCUCCAGCACGACGCCGGCCUGGCCCUCAGGUCCCACUGCGAGAGGUGCGGGCAGCGAUUCCCGGCUCCGCGGAACCUCCGGCAGCACCGCCCGUGCGGCUCCUCCGGCCACGCCAGGGUCCCACGCCGCAGGGACGCGGCCGAGCGGAUCCGCAGGGCGCCCCUGGGGAAGCGGGAAUGCCGGGCCUGCCCCUACUGCGACAAGGUGGUCAGCUCCAAGUGCGGCCUGUCCGUCCACAUCCGGACGCACACCGGGGACAGGCCCUACAAGUGCGAGCGCUGCCCCGCCAGCUUCGCCCACAGGUCUGCCUACACCACCCACGUCAGGAAAAUCCACGAGUCUGGGCAAGAGAGGAAGCUCCUGCCUGUCUACUGGAUGGUGGUUCCACCUGCACCUGGACCAAACGCCACGAGCCGUGACAAAGAUCCCGACAGAGAGCCCUGGGAUGUGACAUCAGAGGCCACGAGGAGUGAGGAAGAACCCGGGGGUUCAUCCACUGCUGAAGCAGAACGGAGCGAGGAGCAGGAGGAGCAGAAUGGGAAACACCAGGAAGCUGAAGCAAGGAGUGAAGAAGGGAAUGAAGAUGAAGGUGAGAUGAGUGUGAAGGGCGAGGAGAAGGAGGGAGAUUACGAGGCGGGAUGCUCAGAAGCCGAAGGAGGUACAGCCAAAGAGGUGUGUUCCGAGGAGGAUGGCGGAGACUCAAACGAGCAGGACGGCGAAGAACGCGAAUCAGACCAAGAGUCUAAACUACAGAAGGUCAGCAAAAGCGGGGCCAACAAGAACCCCCCCUACGUGAUCCGGUGCGAGAAGUGCCACGAGCAGUUUGUGUCCCGGAAGCGGUACGUGGAUCACUGCCGGGACGUGCACCAGUGCCUGCCUGGCAAGGCGUACCGGUGCGACGUGUGCAGCAAGGGCUUCGCCAGCUACACCAGCUGGAAGGAGCACCGGGCGUGCGUCCACACGGAGGAGAGGCGCUUCUCCUGCCCCCUCUGCAACGCCACCUUCAAGCGGCAGCGGGACGUGCGCACCCACUCCGUGCGGAAGCACGAGGGCCGCGUGAAGCGGCCGCUCUGCUCCGUGUGCGGGAAGAUCCUCAGCUCCCGCACGGCGCUGGUGUUCCACAUGCGGACGCACACCGGGGAGAAGCCCUACGAGUGCGGCGUCUGUCACUCCAGGUUUGCGCAGCCGUCCCAGCUGAAGAUCCACACCAGGUCCCACACGGGGGAGAAGCCGUAUAUUUGUGAGGACUGUGGGGCUUCCUUUGCCGACAAAGGAAAACUCACCGGCCACAAAAGGACACACACAGGAGAGCGCCUGUUCAAGUGCGACGUGUGCGGGAAGCACUUUGCCACCAAGGAGUACCUGAAGUGCCACAAGCGCUGCCACAUGGGCGCCAAGCCCUACAAGUGUGAGGUGUGUGGGAAAACCUUCGGCCUCAGGGCCUCCCUGGCCCAGCACAGCAACGUCCACGCAGAGACCCGCCCCUAUUUCUGCGAGCAGUGCGGGAAGACCUUCACCCAGCAGGGCGCCCUGCGGCGGCACCAGCGCAUCCACACCGGAGAGAAACCCUACAAGUGCCGGGCCUGCGAGAGGACCUUCACCGACAUGUCCACGCUGCGCAGACACGUGGCGAUUCACGACCGGAAUGCUCACUGGAGAAGUUUCCUAAUCGAUCUCACCACCAAAAAGGACCAUAACUGGUCCAAAAUAGAGACCUUUGGGGAAGCCCAUGCAGGAGGAGGAUCCAUCCCGGAGAUUUGGUCAAUGGACCAAGGGAAACUUUGUAAACCAGAAGGUACCAAAACAGCAGCACAGGUGGCACCUGGUGCUGGGGACACCGGGGACAGCAACCGCUCUCUCUUGUACUUGGCGGGCGGGGCCGUGGCGCGUCAGCGCUUCCGGCCGCGCCCGGGGCCGAGCGGGAGCAGCGGCCGGGAACGCACCGGGAACACGCCGGGAACGCUUCUUGCAGGGGGAAGAAAGAUGGAAAGCGCUCCGGUCCUGCUGGAGUCCAAGUCCUCUCCCAUCAACCUGCUGAACGAGAUGCACCAGCUGCGCCUGCUGGGCCACCUGUGCGACGUGACGGUGAGCGUGGAGUACCAGGGCGUCCGCGCAGAGUUCGUGGCCCACAAGGCCGUGCUGGCGGCCACCAGCAAGUUCUUCAAGGAGGUCUUCCUCAACGAGAAGGCCGUGGACGGGCCCCGGAGCAACGUAUUCCUCAACGAGGUGCAGGUGGCGGAUUUCGCCUCCUUCCUGGAGUUCGUCUACACGGCCAAGGUGGAGGUGGAGGAGGACAGGGUGCAGCGCAUGCUGGAGAUAGCCGAGAAGCUCAAGUGCCUGGACCUCUCAGAGACCUGCUUCCAGCUGAAGAAGCAGAUGCUGGAGUCGGUGCUGCUGGAGCUGCAGAACUUCUCGGAGUCGCAGAACUCCGAGGAGGAAGGCACUGCCCACCCCAACGUCCCGCCCGAGUCCAAAGCCGUGGCAGAAGCCGAGCAGGAAACUCCGGGUUCCCCCGUAGCCAGGCCCAGCCACGGAGCGUCCCCGGAGGCGCCGGCUGCCAAAUCCAAGGAGAAGACGGACAGAAAGAAGGAAAUGCUGAAGGCUCCUUACGCCAAAAUCCGGAGGGCGAGCGGGAGGCUGGCCGGGAGGAAGGUGUUCGUGGAAAUCCCCAAGAAGAAGUACACCAGGAGGCUGAGGGAGCAGCAGAAGAACGCGGAGGUGGCCGCCGAAGACGACAAAUGCCCCGAAGACGAGGAGCUGUGUGACCCGGAGGGAGAGGAGGAGCGCGGGGAGGACGCCGCCGUCAAGCCGGAGGGCGCGGGGCGCGAGGGCAGCCCCGAGGAGAACCGCCCGAAGGCCGGCGAGGACAAAAAGAAGCGGGGCAGCAACUUCAAGUGCGGCACGUGCGAGAAGGAGUUCCUGUACGAGAAGAGCUUCCUGAAGCACAUCCAGCACAGCCACGGCAUCGCGGCCGAGCUGGUGUUCCGGUGCGAGACGUGCGGCCAGACCUUCGCCAACCGCUGCAACCUGCGGAGCCACCAGCGGCACGUCCACAGCAGCGAGCGCCGCUUCCCCUGUGAGCUCUGCGGUAAGAAGUUCAAGAGGAAGAAGGACGUCAAGAGGCACAUUCUCCAGGUUCAUGAGGGUGGUGGGGAGCGCCAUCAGUGCCAGCAGUGUGGAAAGGGGUUGAGCUCCAGAACCGCCCUGCGGCUCCAUGAAAGGACGCACACGGGCCACAAGCCUUAUGGGUGCCCGGAGUGUGAGGCUAAGUUUUCUCAGCCUUCGGCACUAAAAACCCACAUGAGAAUCCACACGGGGGAAAAGCCCUUUGUCUGUGAUGAGUGUGGGGCCCGGUUCACUCAGAACCACAUGCUCAUCUAUCACAGACGCUGCCACACAGGGGAAAGGCCUUUCAUGUGUGAAACGUGUGGGAAGAGCUUUGCCUCCAAGGAAUACUUGAAGCACCACAACCGGAUCCACACGGGAUCCAAGCCCUUCAAGUGCGAGGUUUGCUUCCGGACCUUCGCCCAGAGGAACUCCCUGUACCAGCACAUCAAAGUCCACACAGGUAGGAUGUGCUCCUUUUAUUUGACACUCACCAUUGCAAUAUUCCAGCAGGGAAUUUCCCCCCCAGGCUUUUUCCCCAAGGCUCGAAUUCCCACCUUGCCUGCAACGGCUUGACUCUUGGUGCCACUGCUUCUUC